AUGCAUUACUUGAAACCCAUCCUCCCAUUUAUUCUAGCAGCCGCUACUUUCGCCUCAGCAGCCACAACGACAGCCACACUAGCAGACAAUGCGAUGAAUACUACAUGUGUAUCAGACAACAUUCUGCAGCAAUGCGUCCAACCAAUGCAAUCUACCUUAGCAAACUGCGCACCGGACGAUUGGAAUUGCCAGUGUACUAGUAGCACAAAUAUCCUGGACUGCUAUGAUAACUGUCCCAACGACACAUCGAGAAAGGACGCCGAAUCCAUGCGCCAACAAAACUGCGCUAAUGCUAAAGCACAUGUGCCAACAUCAAUAUCAACAGCUGCAUCUGCUAUAAGCUCUAGUAGAGCUGCGGCUACGAGGAGCACUGACAUUGAGGACGAAACGGAAAUUUCCGACUCUGAGGCCGAGAAUGAGUUCAAGGAACAUCCGAUAAAGCAAUAUAGUGGGUUAGAGGCUAAUUCGAUCCCCCGUCCAGAACAGGGAUCUGCUUCUGUUUUGAGGAUGGGUGGUUGCUUGAGUUUUCUAGGUCUUGCACUAAGUAUCAUUCUUUCGUUCUAG